AGCACCAACGUUAGCCGAUGUUAUUGACAGCAUCGCCUCACACCGUGUUUAUGUCACUCCGUGUUAUUUUAUGGUUGUCCAGUCAACAAAUAACACGUGCAUUGUAUUUCUAAUCUAAUCUGUGCUGGAUUAUUUUCUAGCUAUCCCUAGCUAGAUGCAGCAGCAGGGCUGAUUUUCUGCUAUCGUGGUUUUUAAAAUACGGGAUUUUAAAGCAUUUUGUCGGCACGCUUUUUACGACCCGUAGGCUAAGAUUUAAACUAGCAGCAGCACCUGCCACACUAGACAUGCUAGCACCUAAUUAGCAACCUAGCCGUGUGAACAUUGUGGGCUAACGUUCACUAGCCGCCGAGCUAGCUAGUUGCUACAACAAUGGACGACUCUGGCAUCAAGAAGCAGAACUGGGACGUGAAGGAGACGGAGUUGUUUCUGGAAAUUCUCAAGGAGCUGGACAUGAAGAAAUGCUUAGACGGGAGGAAAGUGAGGAAUAACAAACUCUUCAAGGUGGCGCACAGGAGGAUGACAGCGGCCGGCUAUCACAGAUCUGUGGACCAAUUGAAGUUUCGCUGGAAACUUCUCAAAAGUGCGUAUUACAAGUGCAAGAGAGAACCCAACUCCCCUGCACCGACCAAAAUACAAGGCUGGUGGCGGUACGAGAAGACAAUGAUAGCUAUCAUGGAGUCCAGACACCCUCUGGUCGGAUCUGGGGUGAACUCUGACAGGAAUGAUGAGGUGACAGAAGACUCGGAUGGAGAAGCAUCCAUGCUGCACUGGCCGCAGCCCUGCCCGGACAAUACCAGCCAGACCCUGGAUUUAAUUAUCAAAAUGGACCCUGAGAUGGACUCACAGCUCAAGAUUGGCUUUAUUGGUGCGGGGAACAUGGCCUUCGGCAUCGCAAAGGGCAUCUUGUCUGGAAACGUUCUUCCUGUAAAUGUCAAAGUGAGUGCACCGUCCUCCAGGAACAUGGGACGCUUUCAGGAGCUCGGGAUCGCCGUCACACAUUCCAACAUAGAGGUGGUGUGCGGAUCAGAUGUGGUCUUUGUAGCAGUCAAACCUCACCUGGUUCCACAAGUUGUCAAUGAGAUCUCGCCACACGUCACUGACCGACACAUUAUCGUGUCUGUUGCAGCGGGUGUAACACUGGCAACACUGGAGGAGCUCCUGCCAGAGAAUUCAGUUGCCAUCAGACUGAUGCCAAAUCUGCCAUGUUUAGUUCAGGAGGGGGCUCUCCUGUUUGCACGGGGAUCCCAUGCAAAACAGGAGGAUGGAGCGCUUCUUCGCUCCUUGUUGCAUCGCUGUGGUUUGGUGGAGGAGGGACCUGAGGCCUGGAUCGAUAUCCACACUGGACUGAGUGGGAGUGGAGUUGCUUUUGUGUAUCUGUUUGCUGAAGCGCUGGCAGAAGGAGCUGUAAAAAUGGGAAUGCCAAGUGCUCUGGCACACAGCAUCGCAUCCCAGACUGUUCUGGGUGCUGGGAGAUUGUUACGGGAGUCCGGGAAGCAUCCGGCGCAGCUCCGCUCGGAGGUGUGUACCCCAGGUGGAACAACCAUCUAUGGGCUUCACACCCUGGAGCAGGGCGGUGUGAGGGCGUCCACUAUGAGCGCUGUGCAGUCUGCCACAGAGAGAGCCAGGGAGCUCGGCCAAAAAUCAGCAGCAGGAUCCAGGAAAUGACGGCUGCCAUUUGCCUUUAAUAACCACUCAAUGGACUUAAUUCAAGCCUAACAACAAACUGACUUUUUGGCUCGACAUCACAAUGGAACACCAUGGAACACAAAGACAAAGCAACACUUUUUUUUUUCAUUACCUCCCUUUUUAUUUUCCUUAAACAAUCGCGGUUCACAUUUCUUCUUUUCCAUGUCUGUGAUCAGAGGGAUUUGCUGUGAGCAAAAAGGAAAUAUGGCUAAAUCUAUUGUUACAUGCACAACAAUAAUCCAUUCCUUUCUGAUUUAGGCAAUACUUUUAUUUUAGUCACGUUUAUUGAGGACCAUUUUAUCCUGUGAGCCUGUCAAUGCGUAAUGUAGAAAGGGAGACUUCAGUCAUUAAUCAAUAACACUCGGUUGCAUUAAUCAGUCCAAGAAGCAGCUUGUAUAAUAAUGCCUUAUGAGCCAUGAUUGGGUUAUCAUGUGCAUGUAAUGUGGAGUACAGAAUGGAAGUCAAAUGUAUGGAUGUAUUUAAUUAUAUUAAAAUAUAGUAUUUAAUAUUUGGCCAAAUGAAAUGUCAAACCUAAAUUUGGGAUAAUUAAAGACUGAUUGUGAUUGGGCA